AUUGUUUUGUUUUGACAAUCGGUAAGGUCACCUGGAGGACACUGCCAUCACAAUAAAUAAAAGUUAUUAUACCUUUACAGGGAGGGAAUUACGAUUGAUUUUGAUGAAAUAAGAGUGACUCCGCAUGAGCUGUUAAAGACGCAGCCACAGGUAUCCUGCGCUCAGCGCCCCGUCCGCCGAGUCACGCGUACUAUCCGGAUAAAGCCGGCUUAUAUGUACUUCUACUUGAACUAUAAACUUUUUAAGUAGGCGCAGAUGGCGGUGGAGCGCGCGGAGGAGGGCGCGGAGGCGGGCGCGGGCGCGGACGACGUGCGAGUGCUGACGCUGGAGCACGGCGAGCACCUCGACUCCACGCUGUACCGGUUCGACAAGGGCACGCGCCUGCAGUUCGCGCCCGGCGCCAGCCUGCUCGGCCGCAAGGUGUUCCUGUACACCAACUACGUGGGCCCCGAUGACGCGGACGAGGGCGCGCCGGCCGAGUUCGUGCGCAACCAGUACCGCGCGCUGGAGUGGCGCGGCGCGGCGGACGGCGAGCCCGGGGGCGGCGGGCUGCUGGUGGCGGACGACGACGCGCACUGCGAGCUGCGCCUGGUGCGCGCCGGCGCCUUCCACUACUACUUCGUGUACGACAGCCCCGAGUCGCGCGUUGGCCCGCAGGGCUCGGGCUGGUUCCACGUGGCGCCGUCGCUGGGCGUGCCGCUGGACGGCGUCGUGUGCCAGACCGUGCUGGCCAAGUGCCUGGGCCCGCUGCCGCGCUGGCGGGGCGUGCUGCGCGUGGCGCACGAGGCGGGCUACAACGCGCUGCACCUGACGCCGCUGCAGGCGCUGGGCGCGUCGGGCUCGGGCUACAGCAUCGCCGACCAGCUGCGCGUGGACCCGCGCUACCGCGACCCCGCCGCGGCGCGCGACCCCACGUUCGCCGACGUGGCGCGCGUGCUGGGCGAGCUGCGCGCCGACUGGGGCGUGCUGCUGAUCGGCGACGUGGUGCUCAACCACACCGCCAACGAGUCGCCGUGGCUGGAGGAGCACCCCGAGGCCACGUACAACUGCCACGACUGCCCGCACCUGCGGCCCGCGGCGCUGCUGGACGAGCUGCUGGCGCGCCUGUCGGCCGACGUGGCGCGCGGCGCGCUGGAGCCCGCCGUGCCGCGCCGCCUGUGCGCGCCCGAGCACGUGGAGGCGCUGCGCGCGGAGCUGCUGGAGCGGCGACUGCCCGAGGCGCGGCUGCACGAGCUGUUCACGUGCGACGCGGACGAGCUGGUGCGGCGCUUCCGCGAGCGCGCGCAGGCCAAGGCGCCGCCGGCGGCGGGCGCGGGCGCGGGCGCGGGCGAGCUGCGGCUGGUGCGCGACCCGCAGCGGCGCCGGCUGGCGGCGACGGUGGACAUGGAGCUGGCGCUGCAGCUGUACAACGUGUACAGGCCGGACUGCUACGACGAGGAGGCGCGGCUGCAGCGCUGCUGCGCCGAGCUGCGGCGGCGCCUGCAGCAGCUCAACGACGAGGCGGAGGCCGACGCGCGCGCGCACCUGCUGGCCGCCGUCGACAACUGCGCCGCCGGCGUGCGCUACGAACGCCUGCAGGCCGACGGGCCGCGCCUGCGCGAGGUGAGCGAGCGCCACCCGCUCGUGCCGCGCUACUUCACGUUCCCGCCCGCCGGCUCGCUGGCCGACGCCGAGGCGCUGCUGUGCGGGCCGCGCGCGCGCCUGGUGCAGGCGCACAACGGCUGGGUCAUGGGCGCCGACCCGCUGCAGGACUUCGCGGCGCCCGAGCGCGACGCGCGCGUGUACCUGCGCCGCGAGCUGGUGGCCUGGGGCGACAGCGUCAAGCUGCGCUACGGCGCGCGGCCCGAGGACUGCCCCGCGCUGUGGGCGCGCAUGCGGCGCUACGUGGAGCUGGCGGCCGAGCUGUUCGACGGCGUGCGCCUCGACAACUGCCACUCCACGCCGCUGCACGUGGCCGAGUACAUGCUGGACUGCGCGCGUCGCGUGCGCCCCGAGCUGUACGUCGUGGCCGAGCUGUUCACCAACUGCGACCAGGUCGACAACAUCUUCGUCAACCGGCUCGGCGUCACGUCGCUCGUGCGCGAGGCCAUGAGCGCGGGCGACGCGCGCGAGCUGGGCCGCCUCGUGCACCGCUUCGGCGGCCGCGCCGUGGGCUCCUUCCUGCGCGCGCCGCGCCGCCCCGCCGCGCCCGCCGUCGCGCACGCGCUGCUCAUGGACCUCACGCACGACAACCCGUCGCCGCUGGAGCGCCGCUCCGCGCUGGACGCGCUGCCGUCCGCCGCGCUCGUGGCCGCCGCCUGCUGCGCCGCCGGCAGCACGCGCGGCUACGACGAGCUGGUGCCGCACCACGUGCACGUGGUGGACGAGGAGCGCCUGUACGCCGAGUGGGCCGACGGCGAGCCCGCCGACGAGGGCCGCGUGGGCGCCGCGAGCGCGCUGCUGGCGGCGCGGCGCGCGCUCAACGAGCUGCACCGCGAGCUGGCGGCGGCCGGCUACGACGAGGUGUACGUGGACCAGAUGGACGCCGACGUGGUGGCCGUGACGCGCCACGACCCCGCCUCGCGCCGCUCCGUCGUGCUGGUGGCCUUCACGGCCUUCGCGCGCGACGCGGACGCGGCGCCGGCCCGCGCGCCGCCGCCGCUGCGCUUCGAGGGCCGGCUGGAGGAGAUCCUGCUGGAGGCCGACGUGCGCCGCGAGCCCGCGCCGCCCUUCGCGCGCCACCCGCGCUUCGUCAACGGGCUGCGCUCGCUGCGCGCGCACGUGCGGCGCGCCGUGCCGCUGGCCGAGUCGCGCGUGUUCGCGGGCGCGCGGCGCGACGGCGCGCUCACCGAGCUGCGCUUCCGGCCGCUGGCGCCGGGCGCGGUGGUGGCACUGCGCGUGGCGCCGCACGCGCGCGCGGCGGCGGCGCUGGGCGCGCUGGGCGGGCGGCUGCGCGCGCUGGCGGCGGGCGCGGACGCGCUGGCGCUGGCCCCCGCGCUGGCGCCGCUGGGCGCGGCCGACUACCGCGUGCUGCUGUACUGCUGCGAGGCGGAGGAGCGCGAGCGCUGCGGCGCGGGCGCGUACGAGGUGCCGGGGCACGGCGCGCUGCCGUACGCGGGGCUGGCGGGCGCGGCGCCGCUGCUGGCGCGCGUGGCGGCGGCGGACGAGCUGGGGCACGCGCUGUGCGCCAACCUGCGCGCGGGCGACUGGCUGGCGCAGUACGCGGUGCGGCGGCUGGAGGCGGACGCGCGGCUGGCGCCGGUGGCGGCGCGCUACCGCGACGCGCUGGCGCCGCUGGAGGAGCUGCCGCGCUUCCUGGUGCCUGCCUACUUCGAGGCCGUCAUGCGCGCGCUGUACGAGGCGGUGUCGGCGGGCGCGCUGGCGCGGCUGGGCGACGCGGCGCGCGGCGGGCCCAUGGCGCGAGCGCUGGCGCUCACCAGCGUGCAGCUGGCGGGCGCCGUGCCGUCGGCGCCGCUGCCGCCGCCCGCGCCCGCCGGCGCGCCCUCGCUGUCGGCCGGCCUGCCGCACUUCGCCGUGGGCUACAUGCGCUGCUGGGGGCGCGACACCUUCGUCGCGCUGCGCGGCCUGUUCCUGCUCACGGGCCGCUACGACGACGCGCGCCACCACAUCCUGGCCUUCGGCGCCUGCCUGCGCCACGGCCUCAUCCCCAACCUGCUGGACGGCGGGCGCCGCGCGCGCUACAACUGCCGCGACGCCGUCUGGUGGUGGCUGCGCAGCGUGCAGCAGUACUGCGACGAGGCGCCCGACGGCGCGGCGCUGCUGGCCGCCGCCGUGCCGCGCCUGUUCCCCGCCGACGACGCCGCGCCCGCGCCGCCCGGCGCCGCCGACCAGCCGCUGCACGACGUGGUGCAGGAGGCGCUGGACGUGCACUUCCAGGGGCUGGUGUUCCGCGAGCGCGACGCCGGCCGCCAGAUCGACGCGCACAUGGCCGACCGCGGCUUCAACGUGCAGAUCGGCGUCGACCCCGAGACCGGCUUCCCCUUCGGCGGCAACGACGCCAACUGCGGCACGUGGAUGGACAAGAUGGGCUCCUCGGACGCGGCCGGCACGCGCGGCCGCCCCGCCACGCCGCGCGACGGCAGCGCCGUGGAGCUGGUGGCGCUGUGCCACGCCGCCGUGAGCUGGCUGGAGCGGCAGCACCGCGCCGGCCGGCACCCCUACCCCGGCGUGGCGCGGCGCCACCGCGACGGCGCGCUCACGGCCUGGAGCUGGGCGCAGUGGGCCGAGCGCCUGCGCCGCCACUUCGAGCGCCACUUCUGGGUGCCGCCGGCGCCGUCGGCGGCCGACGCGCGCCCCGACCUGGUGCACCGCCGCGGCAUCUACAAGGACUCGCACGGCGCGUCGCAGCCCUGGGCCGACUACCAGCUGCGCUGCAACUUCGCCGUGGCCAUGGCCGUGGCGCCCGAGCUGUUCGAGCCGCGCCACGCGCGCCUGGCGCUCGACAGCGUGGAGCGCCUGCUGCGCGGCCCGCUCGGCCUCAAGACGCUGGACCCCGCCGACUGGGCCUACCGCCCGCACUACGACAACGCCGACGACUCCGCCGACCCCGCCACGGCGCACGGCUUCAACUACCACCAGGGGCCCGAGUGGGUGUGGCCGCUCGGCUUCUACCUGCGCGCGCGCCUCGCCUUCGCCGAGCGCCCCGCGCGCGCCGCCGCCCACGCGCUGGCCGCGCUGGCGCCGCUGCUGCGCGAGCUGCGCGCCUCGCCCUGGGCCGGCCUGCCUGAGCUCACCGGCGCCGACGGCGCCUUCUGCCGCGACUCGUGCCGCACGCAGGCCUGGAGCUCGGCCUGCGUGCUGGAGGUGUUGCACGAGCUGGCGGCGCUGCGGCGCGCGCGCCCGCUGCCGCCCGCCUGACG